AUGCGUAGCGCAAAGCGCGUAUCUCCUCGCACUGUUUCCUCCAUCUCACGACGAUGCUUGAACACAGAGUCAGCUCCAAGCCUAUACUCAGCUCACGCCAAAGUAGUGGGAGCACGCGUUGGCCAUGUUGAGGGCGAGAACCUCCAGGUUGAUCUCACCAUGGCGAAAGCUCUUGGAGGCAAGGGCGACGCAGGCAAAACGAACCCCGAGGAACUCUUUGCCGCAGGCUAUGGAGCGUGCUUCCAGAGCGCCAUGAACGCAGUAGCCCCGAGUCUCGGGGUCAAGAUGCCAUCGAAGCCUGAAGACUCGAUCGUGGAGGCCACCGUGCACCUAGUGGGCAGCAUGAAAGAUCUGGAUAUGGGACUGCGGGCAGAACUGCUUGUCAAAGUAAAGGGAUUGGCGAAAGAGGACUUGGAGAAGGUGGUGUACAAGGCGCGACAGGUGUGCCCUUAUUCCAGAGCGACGAAAGAUAAUGUGUACACGACGGUACGCUGUGAAACGAUGUAA